AUGGCUGCCCCCAUGUACCAGUCGCUUCACAUGGGACUCUAGUCCUGUGGGUGUCUUUAGGGUACCGUGGCCGUUAGACGCCAGCGACUUUGGACUCUCCUCCUUCCACUUUCCUCCUCCCCGUGGGACCCUCGUGGCGCCUCGUUUCGGUUGCGGCGAUGCCGGAGGUGAUGUGGACUCCGGAGCUGGCCCUUCUGAGGGGCUUCCCCACGGAGGCGGAGCGGCUGUUAUGGAAGCAGGAGGGCAUCUCUGGCUCAGAUAUUGAAGUUUUCUUAGACAUGCUCUUGGAAGGGAGCUAUGAGGCCAUGUUCUUACAUUCAGUGACACAAAAUAUUUUAAAUUCAACAAUGAUGACUGAAGAAAAGAUUGACAGCUACCUGGAGAAGCAGAUAGUAAAUUUCCUGGAUUGCUCUACAGAUUUGGAAGAAAUUGAAAGACAGCAGCUGGUGUUCCUGCUUGGUGUGGGCAGCUUGCAGCUGUUUGUUCAGAGUAACUGGACUGGACCUCCUGUGGACUUGCACCCUCAGGACUUCUUGCCAUCUGUUCUUCUUGAGCAGUACAGUGAAGUCAAAGGACUAGAUGCUGCUAUUACUGGUCUACUCAUUCUAGAUGGCGAAUCAGUCUACAGCCUGACUUCAAAGCCCAUACUGCUGUUACUAGCACGCAUUAUCCUGGUGACCAUCAGACAUAAGCUAACAGCUCUGCAGAGCUUGCCGUGGUGGACUUUGAGAUGUGUGAAUAUUCACCAACAGCUGCUUGAGGAGCGCUCGCCUCAACUUUUUGCUCUUGCUGGAAAUUGUAUUGAUCAAGUGAUGAAACUAGAGAAUUUAUUUGAAGGUGAUUCAGGUCGACUUUUGGCUAUUCGAUUCCAUCUGGAAUGCGCACAUGUAUUUCUAUAUUAUUAUGAAUAUAAAGAAGCAAAAGACCGGUUCAGUACUGCUAAAGACAUCAGCAAGUUACGGAUUGACCUGACAGGUGCUUUGGGAAAAAGGACACGAUUCCAGGAAAAUUAUGUGGCUCAGCUGAUUCUAGAUGUCAGGAGAGAAGAGGAUGUCCCUGCCAGCCCUGAGUUCAGCCUGGCACCUACCCCCCAGGAGUAUUUAACCAAGAAUCUGGAGCUCAACGAUGAUACUGUUCUGAAUGAAGUAAAGUUAGCAGAGAGUGAACAGCUCCGGGUACCUGACCUGUGUGCAGAGGAGCUUGCUCUUAUCCUCGGAGUCUGCAUGAAUUUCCAGAAGAACAACCCAGUUCAUAAGCUGACAGAGGAGGAGCUGCUGGCCUUCACAUCAUGUUUACUUUCACAACCGAAGUUCUGGGCCGUUCAAACGUCAGCCUUGAUCCUCCGUACAAAACUUGAGAGAGGAAGCACACGGCGAGUGGAGCGCGCGAUGAGGCAGACGCAGGCUCUUGCAGACCAAUUUGAAGAUAAAACUACAUCUGUACGGGAACGUCUGAAGAUUUUCUAUUGUUGUCAAGUGCCCCCUCACUGGGCUGUUCAGCGCCAGCUUGCAGGUCUGCUCUUUGAGUUGGGAUGCACCACUUCUGCGCUUCAGAUAUUUGAGAAGCUGGAGAUGUGGGAAGACGUGGUCAUCUGUUAUGAAAGGGCUGGGCAGCAUGGGAAGGCAGAAGAAGUCCUUAGGCGAGAACUGGAGAAAAAGGAAACGCCAAGUUUGUACUGCUUGCUUGGAGAUGUCCUGCAAGACCACUCCUGCUACGACAAGGCCUGGGAACUGUCACGACACCGCAGUGCGCGUGCCCAGCGCUCCAAAGCCCUCCUCCAUCUUCGGAACAAGGAGUUUCGGGAAUGUGUGGAGUGCUUUGAACGCUCAGUCAAGAUUAAUCCCAUGCAGCUUGGGGUUUGGUUUUCUCUAGGCUGCGCCUACUUGGCCUUGGAAGACUAUGGGGGCUCAGCGAAGGCAUUUCAGCGUUGUGUAACCCUAGAGCCUGAUAAUGCCGAGGCUUGGAACAAUUUAUCUACUUCCUAUAUUCGAUUAAAACAAAAAGUCAAAGCUUUCAGAACGUUACAAGAAGCUCUCAAGUGUAACUACGAACACUGGCAAAUCUGGGAAAACUACAUCCUCACCAGCACUGAUGUUGGGGAGUUUUCGGAAGCCAUUAAAGCUUACCACCGGCUCCUGGACUUACGGGACAAAUACAAAGAUGUUCAGGUCCUUAAAAUUCUGGUCAGGGCAGUGGUUAAUGGUAUGACUGACCGAAGUGGAGACGUCGCCUCCAGCCUCAAAGGCAAGCUGCAAGAGUUGUUUGGCAGAGUAACUUCAAGAGUGACCAGUGAUGGAGAAAUCUGGAGACUUUAUGCCCAAGUUCAUGGAAAUGGGCAGAGUGAAAAGCCUGAUGAGAACGAGAAGGCAUUCCAGUGUCUCUCAAAGGCGUACAAGUGUGACACACAGUCCAGUUGUUGGGAGAAAGAUGUUACAGCAUUUAAGGAAGUUGUUCAAAGAGCCAUAGGACUCGCACAUGUGGCUAUAAAAUGCAGUGAGAACAAAUCCAGUCCUCAGGAAGCUGUACAAGUACUUUCUUCAGCACGGCUUAAUUUCCGUGGCUUGUUAUCCAAAGCAAAGCAAAAUUUUAUAGAUGUGGCAAGUGGAGAAGUCUCUGGAGAACUAGCCAAUGAAAUAGCAGCUAUGAAUGCUCUGGAGGCAGAGCUGCAAGACCUAAGCAACCAGCUUCGAAACCGGUACUGACUGUGACAGAAGCAGUUUGUGGCAAAGGCACUUUUGCCUUCUCGAAUUCUUCCAGUACCCAUGUAUCUGAAACACAGGAUACUGAUUUUUAAAAUAAAAUUAUUUGCUGGCAAACAUA